CUGCGACAUUAGUUUACAGGCACCGCGGGCUUUUGCGAGGCUGCGUGGUUAGCUAAUUCUCGCAGGUAGCUGGCCAGGGCCUGCUGAGAGGUUGCAACACGCCGUUCCAGAAAAACCCGCUGCGCUACGCUAGUCUUUUGUUUGUCGUUCUGUGUAUGUUCUGCAACGCGAAGCCUUUGUGGACGCGUUUCGAGGACUCUGUCCUGAUUAGUGAUGCCAUCUUGCGUCCGAGUUUGGAAACGUAGACGGAAAAAUAACAAUCGAGCAGCGCAAGAGGGAGAGGAGGAAACUCGCUCGCGCCUGCGCGGAAGGAAUAGCUGUCUUCACUUGUUUUUCAUUUUUUUUCCUUGUGGGAAGGGAGGGGACCGCGAGUUGCCCUGUGGAUAAGUUUCCCCGGUGUUGGUGUUUCUUUUUUUUUUUUUUCCGGCUUGGCCCAGUUUUGUGUUUAAAACCUCCUUCCAGGGAGGGGCCGAGGCUUUUUGCCUGGGGACCUCUCUGGAAGCCGAGUCCACGCCGGUUUGAAACAACUUUGCUUCGCCUCAAGUCAGAAGGGUAACAAUGUCGGCUGCUGGAACAGAGGUGACUUUACCGGAAUGUCUGGAACCCCUCCACACCGCAGCAAAGCUGCUGGGCCUGGAAGCUUUCGGAACGGUCGAUCCUGCGGAAGGAGACGGUCGCCGCAGACGUCUGGUGAAGUGGUGCAACCCGGACCGUGUUCACAAAUUUCUCGUCGUCGUGGUAACCCUGGUUUUCCACGCGUUCGACACGCACAUCUUGCUCGCCUGCAGCAACGAAAGGGCUCUGUAUGUGUUCGUCGCCGGAUACGUGUGCAGCACGAACAUCGUGUUCUUCGGCGUCCUCGGGGACAUCUUCCUGAUGAGCCGGGAAGCUGGCCGCAAACGGGAGACGAUGGCGAAACUGGCGGAGGUCGACGAUCUCAUCUCGGGCGUCGGCGCCCGUACCAGCGCACGACAGCGCAGGCGGCGGCGGAAUCGUAACUCGGCGAUACUGGCGUUCAUGUUGCUUCUGUUCGUCUCGGGCUGCGCGAGCGACCAGUUCCUCUUCACCCCGACGCCGUUCGUCCGCGUCGUCGGCGUCGGCGCCAACCUGAAGGACUUCGCCCACUUGAUCGUCGCCGGAAUGUACGUGAACAUCGUCCUCCUGGUCCGAGACAGGUUCAGGACUCUGAAUCACCAGCUUCGGAACAGCCCUCGCAGAAUUCCAGAUGGGAGAGAAGUCACUCUUUUCCACUGCAGGCGGAUCACCCUGAGGAAUGGCGCAAAAGGCCAUGCAAUCGGAGGUUCAGGAACGUCAUCUCGAGUAUCCAGGAGUCAUCGACAGCUUAUCCGCAGAGCUACAAGACCAGAAUAACAUCUCUGAUGAUUGCUUUCAACACACUCUGCGACAUAGUACGCAUGAUAAACUACACGUACAGGAUCCCCAUCGCGAUCAACUUUUUAAUUUUGUUCGCAUCCAACACGCAGUCCCUGCUGUCGAUAUACGUGUGCCUGUUCAGGCAGUCGUACAUUGCUCACCAGAGCACAGCCAGCCAAGUUCUCGUCUCCUGUAUUACGUGGACUGUCAUUUGUACCUGUCAAUCACUGUGCAUUAUAACCUCAAGCAUCACGACCCUCAGAGAGGCGAGAGAGACUCGUCGAAUAAUCAAAGAACUAGACGAGGCGAGUUCAGGAAUGCUGAAGGAAUUUUUGGACUUAGUUUCCUGCCAAGAGUUAGAGUUCAGUUGUGGGUUCCACAAGAUUGACUAUUAUUUGCUGACUGGUAUUGGUGGGUAUAUUAUAUCAUAUGGUAUGGUAUUUAUUGAGUUUUCUUCACCCACAAAAUUAAAUGCUGACAGUGGAAAAUGAUGCUCUUAUUUUUUUUUGUUACUGCGAACUGUACUUGUCCUAUCUUGGCUAUCUCAGAAAUGCGCUGUCGAUAAAUGUGUUUAUUAUGUUCAUAUGUCUAAAAAUAAAAAAUGCUUUGAAUAUAU